GCAAGGAAAAUAGAAACAAAUCCAAUCUCUAUCAAAAAACAAGAUUCCAAAAUAUUAUUUAAAUUGAUAAGAUUUGAUAAAAAUUCGUUUCAUAUUGUUUUGUUGGUUUUCGUUUGAAAUUUAAUAACGUUGUGAAACACUUUGAAAAAUUAAGUUAUUUGUCAUUUUUAUAUUUUAUUAAAUUCAUUUGAAAUGUCUGAUGAUGAAGAUGGUGUACACAAAUUGUCCGGUUACAAUAACACAGAAGGUGGUUUGAUCAUUAAAAAAAAGCCAAAACCUGCUGAACAGUUUCAAUUUAAAAUACCUGACUUACCUAAGGGUUCACUUCUAGGGUUAGACAAAUUAGCAAUUCAAAAACGGUUGGAUCGAGAAGAAGAAAAAAACAGAAAGUCAAAAUUACAACCAUUUGCAGAUAUUGAUGAUGAAGGACAAAAGGUUGAAAAUGCUUCUUCAAUUGAUGAUUUAAAACACAAAAGCAAAAAACGACAUUAUCGAUCUGCUCAUGAAGAAACUCCAACAUAUACUGGAGGGUUAUCAAAACAAGCUAUUGAAAAGCUUGAAAAAUUGAAAAAACCUCAUAACCGUGGUGUACAUUAUUCUACUUCAGAUUCGAAAAAUAAACGAGAUCGUCACCAUGAGAAAAGAAAUUCUGAUAGAUAUGACAAGAGGAAUAGGCGAAAUGAGCCAUAUAAAAACCAUCCUAGAAGUCACCAUGAUCAUCAGUCAAGUAGAACACCAUCAAUUAGACGUAAAGAUGAACCUUUAACUCCUAAUAUCAGAGUUAGAGAUACACCAUCAAGAACUGCUUGGGAUGAAGAUGAUCAUAUGUCUAUGUAUAAAUCAUCUACUUGGGACAUGCCAACGCCCAAAAGAAGUAUUGAUGAUGAUCCAACUAGAACUCCUAGGUUUACACCAGCUUAUAAAUACAACAAAUGGGAUAGCCAUCGUGCUUCUGGAGCUACACCCAAACCAGGAAAAGAAAAUGACUUUUUAUGGGCUAGUGAAACUGAUCGUGAUGAAUGGGAAGAAGCUCAAAAUCGAUUAGACAGGCAAUGGUAUAAUUUAGAUGAAGGUGUUGAUGAAACUAAUAAUCCAUUCAGUGAUGUCAGUGAAUCAUAUGCUAAAAAAAAAGAACAACAAUUGGCCCAGAGUAAAAAGAAACGAAUGUCCGCACAGCAAAGACAAAUUAAUAAAGAUAAUGAACUGUGGGAACGUAAUCGUAUGUUGACUAGUGGUGUAGUAGUAUCUGUUGACUUAGACGAAGACUUUGAUGAAGAUAAUGAAGCUAGAGUUCAUCUCUUAGUACAUAAUAUUGUACCCCCCUUUUUGGACGGCCGUAUUGUAUUCACCAAACAACCAGAGCCUGUUAUACCAGUUAAAGAUCCAACUUCAGAUAUAGCUAUAGUUGCCAGAAAAGGUUCAAUGCUGGUUCGAACUUUUCGAGAACAAAAAGAAAGAAAACGCGCGCAAAAAAAACAUUGGGAAGUAGCAGGUACUGCUAUAGGAAAUAUAAUGGGGGUCAAAAAGAAAGAAGAUGAUAAAGAUGAACGGAUUGAUGAAGAAGGAGAAACAGAUUAUAAAACUGACCAGCAGUUUGCUGAACAUAUUAAAAACACUCCAGAAGCCAGUAGUGAUUUUGCUAGAAAAAAAACAUAUUUACAACAGCGGCAGUACUUGCCUGUGUUUGCAGCCAGACAAGAACUACUAAAUGUCAUCCGAGAAAAUAACAUCGUCAUUGUAAUUGGUGAAACAGGUAGUGGUAAAACUACUCAACUAACCCAGUACCUUCAUGAAGAAGGAUAUAGCAAGUUUGGUAUGAUUGGCUGUACUCAACCUAGAAGAGUUGCUGCCAUGUCAGUGGCCAAGCGUGUUUCAGAUGAAAUGAACACCAAACUUGGAGAAGAAGUAGGAUAUGCAAUUCGUUUUGAAGACUGCACUUCUGAGAAAACUGUUAUAAAAUAUAUGACUGAUGGUAUAUUACUUCGAGAAUCAUUGAGAGAUCCAGAUCUAGACAAUUACAGUGCUGUUAUUAUGGAUGAAGCUCAUGAAAGAUCAUUGAACACAGAUGUUCUAUUUGGUCUGCUAAGAGAAGUAGUAACUAGACGUACUGAUCUCAAAUUGAUUGUGACAUCAGCGACUAUGGACGCAUCCAAGUUCUCUCUGUUUUUCGGUAAUGUUCCAACAUUCAACAUUCCGGGUCGAACUUUCCCUGUUGAAGUAAUGUUCAGCAAAAAUCCAUGUGAAGAUUAUGUUGAAGCUGCUGUAAAACAGGCAUUACAAAUACAUUUACAACCUCAUGAAGGUGAUAUCUUAAUAUUCAUGCCUGGUCAAGAGGACAUUGAAGUUACAUGUGAAACACUGGCAGAAAGAUUAAAUGAAAUAGCUGAUGCCCCACAGUUAUUAGUGCUUCCAAUUUAUUCUCAACUGCCUUCAGAUUUACAAGCUAAAAUUUUUCAGAAAUCAAGUGAUGGAUUGAGAAAGUGUGUUGUUGCUACAAAUAUUGCAGAAACUUCGUUAACAGUCGAUGGAAUAAAAUUUGUUGUUGAUACUGGUUAUUGUAAAAUGAAAGUUUACAAUCCUCGAAUUGGUAUGGAUGCAUUGCAAAUCUAUCCCAUCAGUCAAGCCAACGCUAACCAAAGAAGUGGUAGAGCAGGUCGUACUGGCCCUGGUCAAUGUUUCAGACUAUACACUGAGAGACAAUACAAAGAUGAUUUGCUUAUGGGCACGGUUCCUGAAAUUCAAAGGACCAAUUUAGCUAACACUGUAUUGUUAUUGAAAUCAUUGGGAGUGCAAGAUUUGCUUCAAUUCCAUUUCAUGGAUCCUCCACCACAAGAUAAUAUAUUAAAUUCUUUAUAUCAGUUAUGGGUACUUGGUGCUCUAGACAAUACUGGAGAAUUGACGUCCCUUGGACGUCAGAUGGCUGAAUUUCCAUUAGAUCCUCCUCAGUGUAAAAUGUUAAUUGUGUCGGCUGCAAUGAAGUGUACAGCAGAUGUACUAAUCAUUGUUUCCAUGUUAUCCGUUCCCUCUAUUUUCUACCGACCUAAAGGCCGUGAAGAAGAUUCUGAUAGUGUUCGAGAAAAAUUCCAAGUACCCGAAUCUGAUCAUUUAACGAUGUUGAAUGUUUAUAACCAAUGGAAGCAAAACAAUUACUCAGCAUCGUGGUGUAAUGAACAUUUCAUACACAUAAAAGCCAUGCGUAAGGUUCGUGAAGUCAGACAACAACUAAAAGAUAUUAUGGUUCAACAAAAAAUGGAAAUCAUAUCUUGCGGUACAGAUUGGGAUAUUAUACGCAAAUGCAUUUGUUCGGCAUAUUUCCACCAAGCAGCAAGGUUGAAAGGUAUCGGAGAAUAUGUAAACUGUCGUACCGGCAUGCCUUGUCAUUUACAUCCUACAUCAGCUUUGUUUGGCAUGGGCUUUACGCCUGACUAUGUAGUUUAUCAUGAACUUAUAAUGACAUCUAAGGAAUACAUGCAAACAGUGACAGCUGUAGACGGUCACUGGUUAGCUGAAUUAGGCCCUAUGUUCUUCACUGUGAAGGAAACUGGUAAAUCAGGAUCAGCCAAACGACAAACCAUGGAAACAUUGCAGGAAAUGGAGGGCUCCAUGAGAAUAGCCCAAGAGGAAAUGAAGGCACGGAAACUUGAAGAAGAACGUAAACAAUUGGCUAGCAUCAGAAAGAUUGAAAUUAUUACACCAGGUAAAUGGGAACCUGGCACCCCAACACUUCGUCGCAAACAAGGAAACCUGGGUUUAUAAGCAAUUAAUUUUUUAUUUUAGUAUAACCUCAACCAUGAAAAUUAAAAUACAUUUCAUGACUGAAUGGUGAUAAAAAAAAAAAAAAAAUACAAUGACAUUUAAACUAGAGACUUGCAAGUGUUUAGCGUGCAUUACGAUAUAGUGUGCGUACAAUUUAUAAAUUAUACACAAAUCAUAAUUUUUCUUGUGAUCAUUAGUAUAUGUAUUCAUUGCAUUGCAGAACUUUGAUUUUCCUGUAAAUAUAUAUAUAUAUAUUUUUUUUUUUAACAUAAAUA